AUGGAGAUGCUGGAGCAUCUGUUUGAGGAGUUCGAGCGCUGCUUCGACGAGAUAGACAGCAGCAAGCAACUUCUCUCCACCGUGUGCAGUGUUAUGCCAAAGCAAUGCGCUGUAUCUACGCCAUGGGUUGCUGCAUGGCGACAUCAAGUGCCUGCGGUAUGUUGUGUUGUCACAAAGACUAAAGAUCGUUUCUACAGCAAGGAUGUUGUGGAUCAACUUUUGAUCUUUAACGAAAUCAAAGAGCAAGCUGAAGACUUGUGGAACGAUGUUGAAACGUUAAAGAUUCAAAAUGAGGCAUUGGAGCGUGCGGUGGCAGAGAAGUCGGAGGUACUCCAGACUAAAACUCAAUGUUUGUUACGCCUUCCACCCUGCCUAAAACACAAUGUAGCAUUGAAGGCGACACGUGAGAAGUAUGACAACACAGUUGGUGCACUUAGGGAUGCCCAGCGUCGCUGUAACAUGAAGCUGCUGACAUUACAAGAGGCGGAAGAAGCAGCUUCCAACGCUCAUGCAACGUUGUCUACUAUGCUGCACACUUUGUGCAAUUUCAAGGAGUUGAGGCGGUCUGAGAUAAGCGCCACGUUGCACUUAGUAGAAGGGGUCAACUCUGAGCUAUCAGUGACCUUGGAGGAGCUGCGCUCCGUGGAGCAUGAAAAGCAUGAAUUGGAGCGGCUAAUAGCAGCACAAAAAUGCGAUCUCAGUGCCCAGUGCGCGGGGUUUGAGAAGUUGAGGUGUACGGAAUCAUUGUACCGGAGCGAAUUGUCCGAGUUAUCGCACCAGUUGAUGGAAAUACACGAUUGCAUCAAACAACACUCCACAACGUUGAGCGAGCUGGAGCGCGAAGAGUCGCGUCUGCUAGCAUUGCGCGGGACGUUGAUGUCUGAAGCCGCUGACCUGCAGCGCGUACUGCAAACAACUUCAGACCAUUUAAGCGAGCUCGAGAAUCAUCUGUUAGCGACCAACGAGGAGUCUAGCCACGUUUCGACUUGUAUAAACGAUUCUUCGAAGCUGCGGAGCAAUUGGGAACGUGAAGUCACGACUGUUCGGGAGCAAGCUACACAGUGCACCAAUCUCCUAGGCAAUAUCGCAAGCACCGCAGAAGAGAUCGAUGAACUCCAGCGCAAGAUAUCAGCCCUGGAGAACGAGAACACCGGCCUGCUGGAUGAGAUGUCCACAUGGUCAACCAAGAAUGGUACAUUGGAGCAAGAGAUUAGUCGUGUGCAAUGUGCCCUUCGUUCCUUGGAGGAGUCUAAGUCGUCGCUGAAAGAAUCGCUGGAGUCCGAAACGAAGCGGUCAAGUCAAUUGUGCGAUGAAGUCGACGAGUUGAACAAGGGCAUCACCCAAUCACGCAUUCUGCUGGGCGAGUUGAACAAGAAGUACUCGUCGGAACAACAGGAGCGUAACGCACGUUUGUCGGAGCUGAAACAGCGCCACCUGGACGAGUACAAGGAAAAGCAGAGCGUCAAGAUUUGCGACCUCAAGUCGGCUCUGAAGAGCGAACGAGCGUCCGUGAUUCAGAGCAAGAAAGACAACAUCGCAAAAGCUCUGGAGGAGCGUGCUGCGCAGCUGCGUAACAAGCUCUUACAUCAGCAAGAACACCGCAGACAAUAUAAUGCGCGAAGCAGCAGCAGAGUACCACCGCGUGCUGCAAAAGGGCCUCGUCAAGCUGUCGGGCCACUACAUAGCCAGGAGCGUCAAGAUUUUUCCUACAAGCGCGACCCUCCAGAAGUAAACGAGGAGUACAGUGUCAACGAUCCAGCGCCUAUUACGAGCGACCAAUCGCUAUCUGACACCAAUGUAGCGUUCUUAUACGACGGAUUCUUGAAGAUAAUGGCGGUCUUUCCGCACGACGAAGAAGAGUUCGACUGA